AUGAAUGCCUGGAACCACACAAAUGAAUCUAACUUUAUACUUAUGGGAUUGACAGAUUCCAAGGAGAUCCAGCUAGUCCUCUCUGUGCUGUUUCUCUUUAUAUACAUGGCCACUGUGCUGGGGAACAUAGGCAUGAUGUUAAUCAUUCGUCUAGAAGUCCAGCUUCACACUCCGAUGUAUUUCUUCCUCACCCACUUGUCAUUCCUUGACCUCAUUUACUCAACUGUCAUCACACCUAAAACCUUGGAGAACCUGCUGACUUCCAGAAAGAGCAUUUCCUUCAUGGACUGCUUCAUUCAAUUGUACUUUUUUGCCCUCUUCGCUGUAACUGAAUGCUUUAUACUGUCUUCCAUGGCCUAUGACCGCUAUGUAGCCAUCUGCAAUCCCCUACACUAUCCAGUUAUUAUGUCCACAAGACGCUGCCAUGCUCUUAUCACUGUAUCCUACGUGAUUGGAGCUAUGGAUUCCAUUAGCACUAUCUCUCCUAUAAACACCUUGAAUUUCUGCAGUUCCAAGGUAAUCCAUCAUUUCUUUUGUGAUGCAUUCCCAAUUUUAGCCCUGUCCUGCAGUGAUACCUAUGAUGCUGAGGUCAACAUAUUCAUUCUAGCUGGACUUACUCUACUGGUGUCCCUUCUCAUUAUUUUCUUUUCAUAUGUGUCCAUUCUCUCUACGAUUUUGAAGAUAAAUUCUUCCUCAGGUAAGCACAAAGCCUUUUCCACUUGUGCCUCACAUCUCCUAGGAGUCACUGUCUCUUAUGGAACUAUGAUCUUUACUUAUUUGAAGCCAAGCAAGUCCUACUCUCUGGGAAAGGACCAAGUAGCUUCUGUUUUCUAUACAAUUGUGAUCCCCAUGCUGAACCCACUCAUUUAUAGUCUCAGAAACAAAGAAGUGAAAAGUGCUGCCCUUAGACUUGUGAAAAAGAAAGAAGGGUCCCAGGAAUUUACAUAA